AUGAGCACCGUCAAUCCUUGCACGGUGAUUGACAUGCUUCAGACUUGCGCAGACGCAAUACACAUGCCGAACAAGUUACUUCGGAUCCAGAGGAUUCGAGGUGGAAAGAAGCGCCGCUCGGACCAAUUGUGGCUGGUGUCUGCACAAACAGACCUCUUCGCGACAACAGGCAGCAGCAGCUCAUCGCCAACCAGCGUGCACAACAAUCAGAACGCGAAAGUACAAUCGAUCCGCACCUGCCAUUAA